GCCGGAGAAUGAGGCCUCGUCGGCGGCGGGAAGCCUGAAUAUGAUCCUGAGCCUGUGCCUGAUACUCAUGGCCUUCGUCAACGCCGCUACAGGAGUGGCCCCAACUAUUGACUUAUCGCACAAUAUGAGAAUUUUAAAACUUCCCAUUGAUACCAAAGUCGGUUCUGUGAUCUAUCGUCUUCGGGGUUCCGAUCCAGACAACAACGUCCUGACUUUUGGAGUCCGGGGUGAGGUUGGAAAUAAGCUGCUGGAUAUCCGGUCCGUAACGGAAACGAGAGCCAAUGUCUUCCUCAGAUCCGUCCCCACGGAACGAGCGUAUAAGCUUACAAUCUACGUCACAGACGGCAUUCAGACAACAGAAGUAGAAACCAGUAUUAUCAUUACAAAUGCCACCAAUCAAAAAUCACCUUUUUUAGAGUUCCCACCCCUCAUCACAGUUUCAGAGCUGACCCAAGAGAAGGAAGUGAUAGGAGACCUGGUGGUGAGGAAGAGAAACAGCAGCAGCCUCCCGGUGCUCUUCGAAGUCGAAGGUUCGGACAAAUUCGCCAUCCGUUAUGUCAUCAGUCCCCUCAAGGAAGCCACCAAGGCGGAGAUCUUCCUCGUACAAAUGUUGGACUACGAGAAACAGAACCUAUUCACGCUCACAGUCUACGCCUUGAACCCAUGGACAGACGAAGACGUGGACACUAGAAAUGUGGCCAUGUUGACGAUCCUGGUAGCUGUGAGAGAUGCCCAGGACACACCCCCUGUCUUCCACCCUUUGCCACCUGUCAUUCAAGUCUCUGACAGCUUACAUUUGGGAGACUACGUUACGCAAAUCAUUGCAGAAGAUGGAGACUUCGGCAAUCAAAGAAAUGUCACUUACAGUUUUGUUCCAGGUUCUCAAGGAAUCACUUACUUCAACAUGCACUCUAGGACUGGAGUGAUCACUUUAGCGUCUUCUAUUGAGCUUCUGAGGGAGGCAUUUCAAACAGCGGGACCAUUCGUGCUGUCGGUCCAGGCUACGGAGGUAGAAUCAGAGUUGAUUCCCGGCCUUCCAGCCAGUUCGGAGGCGACGAUGGCCGUCGUGCUGGUCAAUACCGAAAACCGGCCUCCGAGGUUCAGUAGUCGGCGGUACGUGGCGACUAUCGAAGAGAAUAGUCCCAUUCUCACCGCGGUCAUCUGGGAAGGGCCGGAAGUCCCCAAAGUUUUCGACGAUGAUCAGGGAAAGAACGGUAGUUUUGAGCUGGUCUUGGAUGGCGACGGGGGCACAUUUAGCGUACAACCCUCCAGGGGAAGGAACGAGCUGAUGUUCUCGUUGUUGGUCAAGAAUUUCACCUUGCUGGAUUAUGAGACGUCAGAUACCAAGUACCUCGAAUUCAGAGUUAUUGCUCAAGAGACAGCUUCAGUGCGCCCCCUGUCGGCUACUGCUGAAAUUCGCGUGAAGCUCACGGAUGCGAACGACAACAUUCCACAGUUUUCCAGUGAAGUGUACAACGUGACCCUGCCAGAAGAUGCACCGCCAGGUACAGUGCUCACGAAAAUACAAGCCACAGAUGAAGACACUGGAAGCUAUGGUGUUGUGAGAUAUACAGCUGUUAAUGGACCUAUUGCUGGGAAUCUCCGCCUGGACCCCGUGAGUGGCGAGUUGAGCCUGUUGAGCGGCGAGGGUCUGGACCGCGAACGCAUCCCGGAGUACCAGCUGACGGUCGAGGCGAGGGACGACCAGGGCAAGGGCAACCGGAACACCGUGGAAGUGCGCGUGGUGCUCUCCGACGCCAACGACAACGCACCCGUCUUCCUACAGCCCAGAUACGACGCCGUCCUCAACCCCGACAUGAGAAGCUUCUACGAGACACUCAGAGUGCAAGCUUACGACGCCGACGGACCCGGUCCCAACAGCGAAAUCACGUACGAGAUCGUGAACGGAAACUACCAGGAGAAGUUCCGGAUCGACCCGCGUUCAGGAGAACUGGGUCUCACGGCGUCCCUCCUCCCCAACCCGGACAUGCUGGAUCCGGGGUUGCCCGUCAUCACGCUCACGGUACGGGCGCACGACCAGGGGGUGCCCGUCAAGUUCUCCACAGUCAAAGUGCAAGUUCACUACCAGGAGUAUUUGAAUCGUUCCAUAUCUUUCAUCAUACCGUUGUCCGCCAAACAAGCAUCAGAAAGAAAACCAGAUUUAGAAAGGGGGUUUUCUACUUUGACUGGAGCUCAUGUCAAUGUUCAUUCAGUGCAUCCACAUAACGCCAGCAACGAAAAAUCAAUCAUCCGUUGUUGGGUAUCAUAUCCAUUAUCUUCAACGGUGGAUCUAAGCAACGUGGAGAACAUUAUUGGGAACCUCUUGGGCCAAAACUAUUACUUGUCAUCGACAAGGAUAGAGGCCAUCAAUCGUAGUAGCUUUGAUAUUGUCUUCUGGCUUCUCAUAGCUCUGGUGAUCCUUAUGAUCCUGGCCAUCAUCGCUCUCUUCCUAUACUGUUGUUGCGUAAAGACCGCUGAAGGCCGAGAUAUGUUGGAACUAAAGAAUAAAGUAGCACCAGAAGAAAAUAUCAUUCAUUACAAAGAAGAAGGGGCUGUGAAUCUAAGCACGGAAUCUAGAAAAAGGGCGGACAGUCGCGCUCGAGCUUCUUGGCAGGAGGGUCAGGCGACGACCUUGAAGAAAAGUCACGUGAGGUCCGACGAAGAAAGGGCCCCCCCUCGUCAUAGGGCGCAACAGGCCACCACGACUUCCUACGCACAAAGUAUCGAUGAGUCGCCCGCCAGGCGCGGUUUCUACCCGGACGGCGGCAUCCCCGCCGUGGCGGGAGAGCGGGGCGGCAUGGAGCGCGCCUACAGGCGGGGGCGGCCCCUGAGCCCCGGCACGGAUAGAAUGGUGCGCGAAAUGGCCGGAGAGGCCGAAGCGAGGAGACUCGGCAACUACGUGGUCGUCAGAAGAGUGGUGCGCCCCAGGCUCCGAGUCGACGCGGCCUCCACAGCAGAGGGGGAGGACUCGGAAGAUGGGCCCCGGAGGACGGAGAUCCUCUACAUCCGCAGUCCGAUGCGAGAAGACGAGGAGGAGCGGCCCUACGUCCGAGACGGCGAGAUCCUGCGGAGCGUGAGCGAGACGGCCCUCAACGCAGACGAUCCUCAUCUAAGGGUGCCUCCGGCCUCCUACAGGCACAGGGAGCCUGGACCAGAACCACCCCCGCAUGAGGCGUCCCCCUCCACGCAGCAGCUCAAGUUCUCCAGGUAUCACAGAACCGAAGGUGAUGUUAUUGUUGCUGCAGAUGACCCAGCAGAAAUGGAACGGCAUUUUAAUCCGCACGGUCCUCCUUGGGUACCCUUUAACCAGCAGGGCGAAUAUGCUCGUACUGGCAGGAUGCCACUAGAGAGAUGGGAUGGACCGGAGUUCAAUGCUCCAGAUUACAGACGAUAUCCUCAAGAUGGUCCCCACGGGUUCGCCGGGAUGCAAAGAGGACCACAUCCGAACAUGCAACCACAUCCUAUGUAUCCAUACCCUGAUCAAUUUGCUCACACGCACCACCAUCCAGAACACCACAGGCAUCACCAUCAUCAACUUGCGGAACCGUAUAGAACUCAAGGACCACAUCCGGAUAUGUACCGUCACCGUGUUCCAGAACAUGCACAGCGACAAAUUCAACGACAGCAAACUGUGGAACAGGCUAGCACAGAAGCUCAACCACCAGAACCAGGGGAUGCGGAUGAGCCUAAUGAUGAUUCUCGAACGGUUGUUAUAAGUCCAGCACCUCCUCCUGAAGAUCCUCCUGAAGAACCACCAAAUGAAGAGGGUGGAGACGCCCCGGAAAGUCCCACUGAACCAGCAGAGGAAGAAAAAGAACCAGAAGCUGAAGAUCAGGCAGAGAAAGAAGAAGAAGCAGCUGCAGAAGAAGAAAAUGGUAACGGUGAGGGUGAGGCACCCGAAGAGCCCCCACCGGAACAAGCUGAGGAAGCAGCAGAAGAGUGUCCAGCUCAAAGAAGAAUGUCCAGACUACAUCCACUAUCUACGGAAGAUUCAGAAGCUACGAGACUAGACGAUACAGACGCAGUUGACAGUCGCGAAAAUCACGAAGAUUCAGACAGAUUAGGAGUGAGAACCACAGAAGAUGAAAAUUCGAGGCCGGAAGAUCACCUUCUGCUGCACACAGAUGGGGAAGAUGAAGAUUCUGAUUCUGGUAUCGGAAAAGAUGGCACAGCACUGAGGUUAAAGAAGUCUAACCUAAUGGAAAAGAAGUCUCUAUUCACCAUCGCUUACGAUGGCAUGCAAACAAGAGGUCUUAAGUCCGCGGGAGAGCGAGACGAUUCUCCAUGA